CGUGGCCCUGACUCGCGGGGGGCUCUGGACCAAUCAGAGAGCCGGGCGAUGAUGUCAUGGGGGGCGCUGGGGACCCCCCGCCCGGGAUCUUCCAGAGCCGCGUUAAAGGAGCCGGGAGAGCGCCAGGAGCAGCGCGACCACCGCCGCCAGGUCCCGGGAUCGCUCUUCCUGCAGAAUUCCCAGGAUUUCCUCGCCAUGACUCUGGCCGCCUACAAGGAGAAGAUGAAGGAGCUGCCCCUCGUCUCCCUCUUCUGCUCCUGUUUCCUGUCGGAUCCCCUCAGCAAGCCCAGCUACGCCUACGAAGACACGGUGGACCUGACCUGGUGCGUCAUCUCCGACAUGGAAGUGAUCGAGCUCAACAAACGCACCUCGGGCCAGUCCUUCGAGGUCAUCCUCAAACCCCCCUCCUUCGACGGAAUCCCCGAAUUCAACGCCUCCCUCCCCCGCCGCCGCGACCCUUCCCUGGAGGAGAUCCAGAAAAAGCUGGAAGCGGCCGAGGAGAGGAGAAAGUACCAGGAGGCGGAGCUGCUGAAGCACCUGGCGGAGAAGCGGGAACACGAGCGGGAGGUGAUCCAGAAGGCCAUCGAGGAGAACAACAACUUCAUCAAGACGGCCAAGGAGAAGCUGGCGCACAAGAUGGAGUCCAACAAGGAGAACCGCGAGGCUCACCUGGCCGCCAUGCUGGAGCGCCUCCAGGAGAAGGACAAACACGCGGAAGAAGUGCGGAAAAACAAGGAGCUGAAGGAAGAGGCCUCCAGGUAAAGAGGCGCUGCUUGGACUGACAGCUCCGGGGAGGUGCCGGAGGCUUCCGCAGCUCCAGGUCGGGACAGCGCGGGAAUGCUGCUGCGGGAAUGCUGCUGUGGGAAUGCUGGUGUGGGAAUGGUGGACGUUCCUCUGCUUUCUUUGUUCGUGGAUG